CUACAGCAGGUACGAUGACAGCUUGAGGAAGGAAGUGCGUCUUCAGCAGAGAGCAAGUACGUCUUCGUUCCGUAAUCACAGUCUGUCGAAGAUGUCCGAGAUAUAUACAUGAGCCAAACUGAAGUUAGAGUGAAGCUUUUAAUCGUAUUUCUACAAAAGCUGGAGUUGAAGUGUGCGCACAAUCUCUCUCAGGGCCAGACAGGAGACAGGAUGGCGGGUGCAGGCAGACUACAGCUGCCCGUCUUGGCACUGGGACUACUGCUGAUGGCCGUACAGGGAACAGACGGCCUGCGGUGCUACUCGUGCUCGGCCACCACCGGCCACCCCUGCCAACACGACCCGGCAGGGCUCGGCCCGUCCUCCGUCAGGCAGUGUGACGCCUCCUCCGAUAGUUGCGUGACGGAAUAUUCUUACUCCACCACAAACAAGUCUGUGACAGAGUUCGGCAGACAUUGUGGCCACAGUCUCAGCUGUAUUGGUUGUCUUCCAUUGCCUAAUACCGACAAAGCAGUCUGCACCUCCUGCUGCAAGACAGACUUAUGCAACACCGACCCUGGCGUCACUUCCGGUACAGCUACCACGGCACGACGUCACAUCCUGUUGUUGUUGGCAUCUUCUUUGCUAGCGACAAUACUACAUGUAAUGUUUGUAAAAUAAUGGCUAAGCAUAUUGAAUACACUUACAUGAUACAAAUUUACCGUAAAUUCCUCUAAGUUCGC